AUGCAGAAGGAGAAAGAAGACGCUAUAUUAUUUCACAUGUCAGAGGAGUUAAGGAAUAUCAUGCAGCAACUUGAGCUAGAAAAUAAACAGCUUCACAGCAAAUGGGAAGCAAUGGAACACAUGCAAGGUGAUGAAGACUCUGAAUCAAAGAAGAAAAUGGCUGAGCAAAUUCAGGAGCUAAAAGAGCAGUGUGAGACAGUACAGACAUUUGCACAAACUUUGGUUAUCAAGGAAAGGAAAGCGAACGAUGAGUUGCAGCUUGCUCGGAAGGCACUGAUACGUGGCUUCCAGGAUCUUAUAACUGGCCAAACAUCUAUAGGCAUUAAAAGGAUGGGCAUGCUUGACCAGGAAUCACUUGAAAAGGCUUUCCAACAGAAAUUGUCAGAGCAUGAUGCUGCCUUAUUUUGUGCAAAAUGGGAGGCCGAGAUAGGAAAUCCAGAUUGGCAUCCUUUUAAAGUUAUCAUGGUUGAUGGAAAACAGCUGGAAAUUAUCUCCGAGGAUGACGAGAAGCUUCGGGCUCUGAAAGAUGAAAAUGGCGAACAGAUCUAUGCUGUGGUAACAAAGGCCCUGCUUGAAGUCAACGAGCACAAUCCCAGUGGCCGCCAUCCUGUUAACGAGCUGUGGAACUACAAGGAGGACCGGAAAGCCACCCUGGAAGAAGCCGUUGAGCACCUCCUGAAGCAGUGGCGUGUGGACAGGAGCAACCUCAAGAGGAAGCGCAUUGAAGAAGAUGCUGGAAGCACUUAG